AUGGCCAGUCAACCACAAAUUGCUCCGAAGAAGCAGCAAGAGCUUCAAGCUCAAUACACAAACUACAAGAACACACUGCAACAGCUGGCGCAGAAGAUCGGGGAUAUCGAGCAGGAGGCUGAGGAGCACAAGCUAGUGAUCGACACCCUUGAGCCCCUGCCUCAAGAUCGGACGUGCUUCCGGAUGGUGAAUGGCGUUUUGGUCGAGCGGACAGUUAGCGAUGUUUUACCGACGUUGAAGACGAACUCAGACGGCUUGAAGCAGGUGCUGGAGGACAUGCUGAAGCAGUACAAAGCAAAGCAAUCGGAGUUAGACAGUUGGAAGAAAAAGAACAAUAUCCAGGUUGUGCAACCAUAA